AUGAGCAUUUGUUAUGAACUUUUCUUAGAGGAUAUCGGUGUUGGAGAUAAAAGUCUAGCUACUAUUGCAAAAUAUUGUACUCCACUCGAACAUUUGAAUUUAAAGCUUUGCAAAAGUUUGACUGAUACUGGAUUCGUUCAGCUAGUCGUUGGUCGUGGGAGAACUUUGAAAUCUUUUGGUCUUGUGUUUGGAGAAAGUCUUACUGGUGUAUCGUUAGAAGCUGUGGGGUUUCACUGCAUAUCUCUUCAAACUUUAUUGAUAGAAUCUGAGUUCAUCAACAACAGAGGCUUGCUUUCUAUAGUGAAAUGA